AAUCUGUCUCUAUAUCUAGUCUGUGGCUUUACAUAAUUUUGAGAUUUUCAUAUAAUAAAAGAAGGAGCAAACAACAUCAUUACAAAGUAAUUUAUAUUUAUAAUGGGCCUAAUCCGGUUAGUACGAGAAUUAAAAUUUAAGGACGCAGAGCGAUUAUGGUUUAUAGUAAAGACCACAAUUGUUGGUGGAACUGUAUAUUACACCUGUCAAGAAGGCUUGUGGUCAAAAUCAGAAGAUACAGCCAAAUUGUAUGGAAAAUUAUAUAACAGUAUUGCUCCUUAUGUUAAACACAAUGCUCCAAGGGAAAUAAUCUCUCAGGUGGAACAUCUACCUAGUAUAAAUUGCAUAGUAAAUGGCACAAAAAUGUAUUGGAACAGAGGUGUUAUGAGCUCAAUGAAAUUUAUUUCUAACCUACCUGAUCAUGCAUGCAAUGGUGUGAACAAAAUAAAAGAAGCUAUAGAAAAAAAUUUGAAAGAACAAAAACAAUAAAUAGAAAUUAAAAGUUUCCAUGAUACUGUCGAAACCACUCUUUAUUUAACUUAUAUAGUGAAUUUAUUUUGUAUAUUGCAAUACUUUUACAAUGUGGAGAUCUGUAUAGCUCACCAUAUACAUAUUUAGUUGCUCUUGUAUAAAAUGCUCUUUAUAAGAGUAUAUGUGUUCAUAUGUUACAUUAAUAAACACGUUUAAAAAACAUCAUUUUCUAUAUAA